GAAAAAGAGAUUUUCCAGACAAUUGGUCAUAAAAAGGAACAACCAUUCAUAAAAUUGAGUGCACAUUUUUUGCUUUAUGAUUGUUUCUGGUGACCCACAUUCUAAAUUUACUGUUUCUUUCAUAAAGAGAAGAAGAAGAAGAAGAAAAAAGAUUCUUUGAAAUCUCUUCUUUUUCUCAAUUUUACUCACAUAAUUACAGAACCCGCCAUUAAUGCUGCUCAACCCUUUUGUCAUUAAUGCUCUCAUCAUCUUCUUCUCUAGCUUCCCCAGUUUCUUUCUCGUCUAUGUGUUGAAUCCGACAACACACACACACACACAAGAAUACCGACAUUCUCCUCCACGAUUUCUGCAUUUGUCCUCACUCUCUUCUUCUUUUGCUUUUUGCUUCCUGACCUCUUUUCAGAGAUUUGAUUAUAAACCAAUUCAGUUCCUUGGAUCACGAGCUGGGUUUGACUUGAGUUGACUAGAAAAAAAUCUAGAUGGGUCUCUUUCAUUUUCCUCUCAGAAUCCAAGUCUGCUUCUAAUUCUAGGGUUCUGUUUCAAUUCUUCUAAUACACCUUCGUUUUUUAUUGCAAUGGAACAUUCAAAGGUCUUACCUUUGCUCUUUCUUUCAUGGGUUAUGAUGUUCUUACAAAGCACCCAUCAACUUCAAAACUCUCAGACUCAGGUCCUGUAUCAGCUCAGGAAGCAUCUGGAAUUCCCUAAAGCUCUGGAAUCUUGGGGAAAUUACUAUGGAGACUUAUGUCAAAUCCCUGCAACUGCUCAUAUGAGCAUCACCUGUCAAGGUAAUUCCAUCACGGAGCUUAAAGUUAUGGGGGACAAGCUUUUUAAACUAUUUGGUAUGUUUGAUGGGUCUUCACUUCCAAAUCACACUCUGUCUGAAGCAUUCUUAAUUGAUUCUUUUGUUACCACAUUGACAAGGCUUACAAGCUUGAGGGUUCUUAGCUUAGUGUCUCUAGGUAUCUAUGGUGAGUUCCCAGGGAAAAUCCAUCGGUUGAAUUCUCUUGAGUACUUGGAUUUGAGUUCAAAUUAUCUGUUUGGUUCUGUCCCUCCUGAUAUUUCCAGAUUGGUUAUGCUUCAAAGUCUGAUGCUUGAUGGAAAUUACUUCAACGGCAGUGUUCCUGACACGCUGGAUUCCUUGACUAAUCUUACUGUUCUUAGUUUAAAGAACAAUCGGUUCAGAGGUCCAUUUCCUUCUUCAAUUUGCAGACUUGGAAGACUAACAAAUCUUGCUCUAUCACACAAUGAGAUUUCUGGUAAAUUGCCUGAUCUCAGCAAGUUGAGUCAUCUGCAUAUGCUGGAUCUGAGAGAAAACCACUUGGAUUCUGAACUACCUGUGAUGCCUAUAAGAUUAGUUACUGUUCUACUGAGUAAGAACUCCUUCUCUGGCGAAAUUCCCAGACCUUUUGGCGCUUUGUCUCAGCUUCAGCAUCUUGAUUUGUCGUUCAAUCAUCUCACUGGAACUCCAUCUCGGUUCUUGUUCUCUUUGCCAAACAUUAGUUACUUGGACUUGGCAUCUAACAUGCUCAGUGGGAAGCUACCACUUAAUCUGACCUGUGGAGGCAAACUUGGAUUUGUGGAUAUGUCGAAUAACAGAUUUAUUGGGACUCCUCCCCGUUGCUUGGCAGGAGCUUCCGGCGAGCGAGUUGUUAAACUCGGUGGUAACUGCUUGUCCAUAUUUGGCAGUCAUGAUCAGCAUCAAGAGUUCUUAUGUGAAGAGGCUGAAAAUGAGGGAAAACAGUUCCAAGGAAGAAAGGUUGGGAUUUUGAUUGCUGUAAUUGGUGGAGGUGUUCUCAUUCUUGUGUUUUUUGUAUUAGUAAUCCUCCUGUUAUGCACAAACCGCUGCUCUUGCUGUUGUUCAAGAGAAAAGUCAGUGCCGCAAACUCGGCUUAAGGUUGUGACAGAUAAUUCACACACCAGUCUCUCAGCUGAAGUUCUGGCUAGUGCAAGGUUAAUCUCUCAAACAACAAAGCUAGGUGCACAAGGUGUGCCGUCAUGCCGGUCAUUUUCUUUUGAAGAGUUAAAGGAAGCCACAGACGAUUUUGAUUCAUCUCGUUUCUUAGGUGAAGGCUCCCUUGGAAAGCUAUACAGAGGAACACUUGAAAAUGGAAGUUCCAUAGCUAUCAGAUGUCUGGUUUUAUCAAGGAAAUUCUCCAGCCAGAGUAUCAGAGGUCACUUAGAUUGGAUGUCAAAGCUCAACCAUCCUCAUCUCCUUAGCUUCUUGGGCCAUUGCACUCAAACCAGCGGAGAACACGAUCCUGUUGCAACCAUACUCUACCUUGUAUACGAGUAUAUGCCCAACGGGAGCUAUCGCACACAUCUAUCAGGUCAGUUUGGCAUGUGUAGUAAAGUAAACUCAAUGUCAAAAUUGAAUCUCUCUGUACUUGGAAACUCAAUGUUAUUAGAAUAUUGUUUAUUUGUAGAAUCUUUCUCGGAGAAGAUCCUGACAUGGCCAGAUCGGCUAGCAAUUCUGAUUGAGAUAGCAAAGGCAGUUCAUUUUCUUCACACCGGUGUAAUGCCUGGUUCAUUCAACAAUCAUCUAAAGACGAACAAUAUUUUGCUUGACGAACACAAGAUUGCAAAGCUCAGUGACUAUGGAGUCUCUGCCAUCAUUGAAGAGAACGAAAAGCUCGAGACAAAGUCAGAAACCCACAAGUCAAAGAAAAUGGCUAAAAGAGAGGACGAUGUGUACAACUUCGGAUUCAUACUUCUGGAAUCUCUGAUAGGACCAGUGCCCACUACAAAAGGAGAGGCUUAUCUUCUCAACGAAAUGACAUCAUUUGGGAGCCAAGACGGUCGGCAGAAAAUAGUAAGUCCAACGGUCCUAACAACAAGCUCGCAGGAGUCUUUAUCGAUUGCGAUCUCAAUCGCCAAUAAAUGUGUUUUGCUUGAACCUUCCGCAAGACCUUCCUUUGAAGAUGUUCUCUGGAACUUACAAUACGCAGCUCAAAUGCAGUCUGCCGCAGACGCUGAACGCAAAUCUGAUACGUCGUCGUGAAUCCUAAGGCUAACCUAAUGAUUGAUAGUUUUUCGGUUUUUUAAAUGUAAAGUUCUAUAAGUUUGGUUUUUCAGUAUAAAAAUGUAAGACUCUUGCGACUAAAAAUCAUAGUUUCUUGUCUUCUCUUGAAACUUAUUUCGUUAAACAAAUAUUGAUUGAAGA